AUGUAUGUUAAGUAUGCCACGGCUUUUGGGUUUUCAGUCAGGAAAGGGACUGAAAUGAAAAACUCCAAAGGUGUAUUACAUAUUAAGUAUUACAUGUGUAUGAGAGCUGGGGUAUAUAAGGACAAGAAGGUUGAUACUUUGGACCCCAAUCAAAAGGAGCGUUUAGUGCGAUCCAACUUUUCAAAGAGGACUGAUUGUGGUGCACUGUUAUGUGUAAUUUUUGAGGCUAGAUCAUGGAAGGUUUAUAAGUUUGUCGAGGAACACAACCAUGAUCUUGUUGAACGUCCUGAUGAGCAUUUUCUUCUAACUGAACGACACCUUACGCAGCUCCAAAAGCAUGUUAUACACAGCAUGUCUAAGUUGAAUUUGGGUCUAGUCAAGGCGUUUAGUGUUAUGAAGACUUGUUUUGGCGGUUUUGAAGACGUGGGUGUAAGUAAAGUUGAAUUUAAGAACUACAAGAGAUACGCUAUGGUGUUUGUACCAUUCACUGGUAUAGACAAUCAUCACUGCAAUGUUACAUUUGGUGCUGCAUUAUUGGCGUCGGAAACUGUUGAUACGUAUAAUCGGUUGUUGAGAGUUUUUCUAAAAGCUGUUGGUUCUCAACCAAAAGUUGUUGUCACUGACCAAGAUCCAGCAAUGAAGAAGGCUAUUUCUGUUGUAUUUGUUGACACGAGGCAUCGGUUAUGCAUGUGGCAUGUCAUGCAUAAACUUUCUCUGAAGGUUGGUGUUAGGCUAUGCAAUUCCACCAAUUUCAAAGAACGUAUUUGUGGUGUUGUGUGGAUGGAUAUUCUCACACCUGAAGAGUUUGAAUCAGAAUGGGAAGUGGUUAUCGGAUUGUUCAAUUUAGCUGAUAAUGACUGGCUUUCUGAUAUUUUUGCACUCAGGGAAUCUUGGAUCCCUGCAUACUAUAGAAUGGAAGAGCUGUCGGGCCUUAUGCGAACGACAUCAAGACAAACAUUCUCUGUAUGGCGUUAUAGAGAUAUUGUUUUUGGCGUUUUUCAGAAUUGCAGCAAACAAAGGGUCUUGGGUGGCAGACAACUACAAAAAAAUAGGGGAGUUGAUAUUGGCGAUGAGAUGCUGGAGAGCAGCUUCCCACAUGUGGAGAUUGAGAAAGAUGAUGGUGGUGAACAGGGUCAAGCUGCAGGUCAUGGAAAUGAGAAUGCAAGCAGCAGCUCUAGCGGAUCGAGCAGUUCAAGCAGUGGCGAGUCGUCUUCCUCGAGUGGUAUUGAAUCUUAUGGAUAA